GGAGAGUGGCGGUAUUUCUCAACCAUAUGAUACUAGGCCUAUUUAAAACUGUGCGAUGGUCCGGCUGUUAGUAGCACACCUAAUGGCAAACAAGAAGACUUUUCUGAAAUUUGGCUUGGUAGCUGAUCUCCAAUACGCUAAUAUUGAGGAUGGGUACAACUGGAAUAGAACCAGGAAACGUUAUUACAGAUCAGCAAUUGGUCUUUUAAGGAAGGCCAUGAAGGACUGGAAACAAAAUGACGUCAAAUUUAUUUUUCAGCUUGGUGAUUUAAUUGAUGGAUUCUGUAAACGGAUAGAAGAACCAACUGUCUGUCUGAAUCGUAUUUUAGAUAUUUUUGACGAGGAAAAAAUGCCGGUUUUACAUGUUGUUGGGAAUCAUGAAUUGUACAACUUUAGCAAAGAUAGUUUAUACAAAUCAAGGUUGUUCAAAAGUCUACCUCCUACAAAUAAAGCAUAUUAUACUUUGCAACCUUGUGAAGGACUCAAAGUUUGCGUUUUGAAUAUUUACGAGAUAUCAGCUCUUGGAGAAAUAGAAGAUUCAGAUAAAUACAACAUGGUUAAAUCAUUAUUGGAUGAACGAAAUCCAAACGAAAAUAAAAAUGACCCUACAGGUCUUGAAUCAGUUGAUAGGCGAUUUGUACGUUUUAAUGGGGCGAUGUCAAAACAGCAGUUGGAAUGGCUAACGAAGGAGCUGACAUUAGCAAAAGAACAGAAACAAAAUGUCAUUGUUAUAGGUCAUAAUCCAGUGUACUCUCCAGUUACAGAUGGAUAGUGUCUAUGUUGGAAUUACACAGAUGUACUAAAAGUUUUCUCUGAAUGUCAUUCCUCGAUCAUUUGUUAUAUAAGUGGCCAUUCUCAUGAAAGCGGUUAUGCAGUCGAUCAGAAUGGAAUACACCAUAUAACGAUGCCAGGAGUUAUAGA